CGAGCCCCGGGGCCGCCUCCCGCCGUCCCCCCCCCGCCCCUCCCCGCCCCCGGGAUUGCGCGCGGCCGGGGCCGGGGCCGGGGCGUGGCGGCACUGUGGACGUGGCGGCGCGGCCGCCAUCGCGGCGUGUCGCAUGCAGAGCGGGGACAGGGUCACCCGCGGAGCAUGGCCGGCAGAGGCGCCGGCAGUAGCCCGCAGCCGCCCGCCGUGGCUGAGCCGCCUGCCGCCGGUCACCUGUACCCCUUCGUGAUCGCGGACAGCGAGGGGCCCGAGGAGGAGGGCGAGAUGUCGGAGCUGCGGUCGCGUGGCAGGGAGAAGGUCCGGCGGAGCGCGUCGAGGGACAGACUGGAUGAUAUCGUCCUGCUGACGAAGGACAUCCGGGAAGGGGACACRCUGAACGCGAUCGCGCUGCAGUUCUGCUGCUCGGUUGCAGAUAUCAAGAGAGUUAACAAUCUUAUCAACGAUCAAGAUUUUUUUGCCCUGAGGUCUAUCAAAAUUCCAGUGAAAAAGUUCAGUGUAUUGACUGAAACUCACAUCUCUCCAAAAGGAAGACCAGCUCUUCGGCCUGCUCUGUGUUCCCCAGAAGUACAGGAAACAUCUCUUUGUGAUAAAUUCUCAGCUAAUGAGACUGCUGGCAACUUCUUAAAAGAAGUGGAUCGAGAUAUAGAAGAAAUAGUGAAGUGUAAUGAUACAAAGAGAGAGAAUCUGAAUGAAGUUGUUUCUGCUUUAGCCGCCCAACAGAUCUGUUUUGAAACUGAUGGUAAAAUUCAAAAAUGCAAGGAUCCUUACUAUGGAGCAGACUGGGGUAUAGGAUGGUGGACAGCAGUAGUGAUUAUGUUGAUUAUUGGCAUAGUUACUCCAGUUUUUUAUCUCCUGUAUUAUGAAGUUCUAGUGAAAGCAGAUGUCAGUCACCAUUCUGCAAUGGACUCUUCCCAUUUACUUGUCACAGCAGUAUCACAUCAGAAAGAAACAGGAAAUUGAAUAAACCAAGCGAAAAUGGAAUAAAUCCAGUGAAUAUUAUAAAAGUUGAUAAUCAAGGACACCUUCAGCAUUAACAGUGGAAGACCCCAGACUGUAAUUUGUAGAUGCAUAGCAUAACGUUAGGUAAAGGGGAAACCACAGAAUGCAAAAUGCACUUGGAAAACAGAGAAAAAGUGUAMUGAUAUGUGACUUGCCUUAAUGGGCAGUGUUCCACUACAAGGAUGUUUCUGGGGGUCACAUAAUCUCUGAAUAAGCCUGAGACAGGCAAUUUGCAAGAUUGGGGUAUAUUAAAUUAAGGUAUAAAGUCAUUCUGAAGCUUUGCACUUUUUUUUUUUAUUUUGAUAGCACAUUUCUUAAUUAAUGAUGAGGAGAAAAAUUGCAGUCUGAACUAACCCACAAGUUAUCUCACUGUGAGUGCAUUUUACAGCCCAGAAAUGGGCAUAUGGGGAUAUCUUUUAAGCAUCUGAAAGUAGGUUUACAUUUGUAAAUUAAAGUGAUGUUAUCUUUCUUAUAGAGCAAGAUUUUUUUAAAAAAUAAUUCUGUAAUUAAUUGCCACUAUGAAUUCCUUUUUUACAACUGACUGUUGUAGAGGCAGUAGCUAAUACUUAAGCUGGAAUCUUGAAAUCUUGUGCCUAUGGUCAACCCAUUUUUUCUUACUUUGCAGUAUAGGCAAUAGGAUAAUUUGUUCUCUCUGCAUGACUCUGUGCCUCAACACAGUCCAGCUCAGAGUCUUCCUGAAACUUUACAUUCUUCCUUGGUAUCCUACUGAAAACUGACACGACUGCGUUCUCAUCUGGUCCCCUGUGAAUGGAAGCAGUGCUGAAGUGUGGCACCUUGUUGUGACUGCCCCAGUAGUCUUUAUUUUAUGCUAAUAGAUUUAUUUUUUCCCAUUCAGUUCAUCUCAGUUCAGGGCCAACUGAUUCUUCAGACAGCAGUUAUGUGAGUACUGAGCCUGCUAAUGGUCUUAUGCCCAUGAACCUUAAUAACUUAACUUUUUCCUGAAAUGUCUUAGAAAACUUGGAAUUAUAUUUAAUGUCUGCCAUCCAAUUGCUACAGAAUAGAGAAGGUACAGCUUCAGACUUGUUUUUGACAUAGUAGCAUAUUCAUUAACUACUCUGCCCUUAAAUGUUUCCCUUGGAGUUUCAUGAUCAGCCUUGGUUUUCCCCUCUUUUUCUUCUCUAUGUGAAAAUGCUACAAGAUGAAAAGUGAAAAAACUUCUUAUCUCUGGACUCUUCAUACUGAAAGGAUGUAUUUUUGUACUGAGAAUACUUUUWAAAUAAAAACUGAGGUGGUGCCCUGAA